UCCAUUUGGGUUUGUUUGUUUGUCUUGAUUCCUGAAUUCUCAGAAAGAGCGCCGCCAUCUUCGCACUUGCACCCGGAUUACCUCCAGCUCCAAAUUUGGGGUCGCGCUCUCUGUGGAUUCGCGAGCGAGCCCUCAGAAGCAUUAUUGUCGAGCGAGUGAGCGAGAGACAGGAUGUGAUGUAGUGGAUCACAGGAAGGAAGCGAGAGAGAGUGUAAUUGCUAUCGUUGGGUGAAGGAGAAGGUUGCGGUUAGGUGAGAAGUGAAGUGGGGUGAUGGAGAGACCUAAAGAUAUGUUAAGAAUGGUGGAAUAGGGAUCCAGGCGGGAUGGGGUGGCUGUGGACGUGCCUCGGAAUCAAGGACAAGUCCGUUCGCCGAAUUGGGAGAAGAGUGAGCAGUGAUACAUUUGAUUCUAGGCUUGGUCACCAUUACGACUUCACCAAGACACCGCGCAUUGAAGACUUCUUGGAUCCUAGAGGUGCCGGAUACGACGCGUUCGUCAACGGCCAUGCACCAGAGUCCCCGACACCAAUAAAGAACUCAUCGUUGGGAAGAUAUGAAGACGAGAAUUGGGAGAGCGAUUCGUGUGCACACGCAGGGGAAGGCAACAAACGGAGCCACGAGGUUACGCGUGGUCGAGAGGAAUCUGCUUCCUUUGACGCAAGAAUCAAAGGAGAGUAUGGACCAUACUGGGGUUUUUCCGACGGCGUUCCCGGAGAGGGUUUUCUAUCAAUUCAGUUUCCACGAGUACCGCCAAGCACACGGAAGUCUUUCUCUGAGCUUUUGAAAGAGUCCGACAAUGUGGACAAAGGUUCCCUGGCCUUGGAUACUACGGCUGCCGCCGCUGAGAAAGCCGCAGUGUUGUUAGGACCAAGUACCUCUCCUGAUUUGCAUUUCAAGGAAACGCCAAGUGCUAAAGUUCCUCAAGGAGUUGCUCCGAGACUAGUAUGGUCCAGCAGCAGUGUGAAUUCGGAGGAGAAAUUGCUUGAUGUGCAGGGCGGUGCAAAUUGUUUUUCAAUGAAUUUAGAACCAUAUGAGCAGCUUUCUCAAAGCCCUCGAUCUCCUCACUCCACGCCACUUCUGGCUGCUACGAAGGACCAUCUGGAAGCCUCGAACGUAGUGUCUGCUUUCAAGGAGGCCAGACGACAGGCUCGAAUGGCAGAGCUCUCAUCGAUUGAUCAAUCUGCUCCAAAACCUUCCUACAUAAGCAGCUUCCUCUGUUCGUCUAGGAAAUCGUCCUUGCAAUCUGGGUCUCGUGCAUUUCAAAGAUCUUUACCACCUGUUACAGAGGCCUUGCCCUUUGACGAGGAGCUCCGGCUCAAGCAAAAAAGUGACGUGACCCCGGGUCUGUCUUUCGGCAAUGCCGUGCCUCUAGAUCGUCAUGUAUCUCCUGACAGCGUUUCGACUAGUGUUAACGAACCUGUCGUCCAACAACAGGAAGCAGACAGAAAUUCUUCGGAAUCGACUGGAAAGAAAGUUCUGGACGCCGCACUUGCGACAGAGGAUGUUUCUGAGUUUCUCUUCACAGAAGAGUGGGAUGAUUAUGUGCUUGUGGAGAAGGUGCAAGAAUUGCCGACGCAGAGAGUGCAAAAGAAUUUGGAGCUUGUGGAAGCCGAGUCUGCUUCUGGUUCAUUUGUUAACCUCCCCUCUGAACAGAGAGACGAAGUGAUGAUUGACAAUCACGGACCAGGUUGUGGAUCUUCUGAUGAAGACGCGGCGAGAAGCAUCACUGGCCGCAUCCUUGACGAGAGUUUAGCCUCCUCGACCAGUAGCUCGGAAGUAUCACCACGAGAUGAAGAAGGUUCCUUACCUCCGGAGGAUGUCGCGCCCCGGAGAAGCGAGUCUGGUGGAGUGCGUCAGACACCGGCUGACACUGUAGUUCUGGAGUGUGAAGGGCAGCAAGAGGAUAACACGCUGAUGAGUACCCCCAUUCGGGACGUUUUAGUAACGCCGGAAGUGUUCGUCUCGCCUAAAACCACAACAUCGGAGCUCAAUUUCACGCGGGUGAUGGACCUAGAUCCCGAGGAGAGACCCAUAUUUGGCUCACUUGCUGAUCAUUGGGAAGCAGCGUGGGCUACGAAGCGUUCAGCGUGGGAUGGCAAGGGCAUUCCGAACUCGACCCACAAGUACAGGGAGGAUCAAAAAGUGAUGUGGCAUGCUACUUCUUUCGAGGAACGUCUCGCACAAGCGUUAGCAUCACAAGAAGCAAUUCCUGAAAGACGAAACAGGUUUAGAGGACCAACCAGUCGAUUUUCCGCAUCCAGAAAUGCCCCAGGCUUGCAGGCACACUAGCCUGGCUCAAACCGUACUAUUUUUUUAGUUUUUUUUUCCAUUAGACUCGGUAUUCUUUUGAAGAUGAGGGAAACCUGAAGCAACAGAUAUAUAUAUAUAUAUAUAUAUAUAUAUAUACACAUAUUCCUCGAAUGACACUUUUGUAUAGAUUACUGAGCAAGACUGUUGGUGUGGAACAAGCACCCACCUAAGCUGGCCUCAUGUAAAUUCAGCUCAUGUAAAAGAAGAUUUUGACAUAAUCGACUCAGACGUGAAUUGGAUCAGACACGUUGAGAGAGAUAUAACA